CAUCGCGUAAGCUUCGUCUUUCACUUGGUGCGCUUCUCGAGCUCGCGAGUGCCCUUGAAAAUUGGUAUCCGUUGAAGCUGAUGAGAAGUUUGCCAUCGCAAGUGAAUCGUCCGUUGGUCGGAGCAUUAACGUCCAGACGGUCCAGCUUACUACCUCCCUGGUCGUCUCCAAGGUGCUGCGUGAGCGAGCGAGCUGAGAAAGCGUGAGAGAAAGAGUUGGGGCGUGUGUGUGCGUAUGUAGUCAGGCAUAGGUUUCGCUCCCACCUGAAGCGCCUUCGCGUACGUACGGCAAAUUGCAGUCUUGAAAACCAGGUGCCGCUUGCCCUGUACUCGGUUGAACCUUGCUUUUCUGCAGGGAAACACACGUAGACGCGUGCACUUGGAUGUCGUAAUUUUUACGCGGGUUUGUACGCGGUUCCCCUUCUCUCGGUAUCUCGUCCUUGCGUAAUCUGACAGCCACGUAGAUUCGCAUCUCCUUUUUCGGCAUUCGCUGUGGCAACGCGCCUUCGACCAGCAAGUAUAACAAAGCCGGUUCCGCAAGAAAUCAGCUUUACUCGUUAAAGAUGAGGAAUUGCAUAGCCAUGAAUUGGCGGACGCGUACUGUGCUGACGAUCGUGUCCUUGGUGAAAAUGCUGUGCAGUGCCGUACAGGCAGCGCAAAUACCACCUCUGCAAGCUACGACGGGACUGACUAUAGCAAAUACCGUUCAAAUCGAGUGUGCGAGUGAAGCGAUCAUCGUGCACGUAUUCACGGAAGGGAAUUCAAAAUUCCACGGACUGGUGUAUCCCCGAGGCUUGUCGAAAAAUAGCUCGUGCCUGCACGAGUAUCAGAGCCAAGACAGUCCAAUUACGUACAACUUGCCGCUGAGGUCCUGCAACACCAUGCCUACGGAACUGGAAGACGGUGGAAUCGAGUACUACAACACGAUAGUGGUGCAGCCGCAUUUGAAGUUAGUUACGAACCAAGGCAGAGGCUUCCACGUGCGGUGCCGUUAUCAAACUCGAGACAAAGUCGUGUCCAACGAUCAGACGCAAAUGGCUAUGCUGCAAUCAUUGCCGUUGCAAUCGGUCGCUCCGGUGCCAAGCUGCUCAAUGAAAAUCUAUAGCGGCGAGCCGUCGGCGCAUCAUAUUGCGGAAAAUGUCAAGAUCGGCGACCUCCUUACACUCGUCAUCAGUAUCGAGAAACAAAAGGAAUUCGGCCUCCGGAUAACCGACUGCCUGGUUCGCGAUGGCAUUGGAUGGGGCGAGCAGCGUUUGAUUAACCACGAAGGAUGCCCGGUCGACAACGAAAUCAUGGGACAAUUCAGUUACAGCGAAGACAAGACCGAAGCUAAGGUUCAAUUUCAAGCGCACAAGUUCCCGUACACUCAGAGCGUCUAUUACCAAUGUAACGUAAGCCUGUGCUCUCAGAACACAGGUGGCUGCUCCGACACGCCUCCAUUGUGCAACGAAAUAGCUCGAAGACGCAGGGACACGAAAGACGCGAGUAAUGCUAAUUCGGAGACUGGCGUACCUGCCACCAUUGAAGUCUACAGUGGUUUUUAUGUCAAUGACGCGGACGUUGUCCCAAAACCCGAUUAUUACGACGUUUCGAAAGAAAAAGCUUUCGACGAUACGAAUGCCAUUUGCAUGUCUCAAAGGAGCUUCGCAAUUGGCAUAGCGAUAGCCAGUCUCUUUUUGCUACUGGCGAUUAUUGGAGCAAUCCUAAUCUUAUUAGGCAGAAGACGACAUAAGAGUAUCUCCACUUCAGGUUCUUCGAUCUACAGUGGUCCUUACACCAAUACUGCCUACAGCCACAGCAGCUAAAUCGAUUCUCUAACAGGCGCUGAUUAUACUCGUAUUAUACGGCGAACGAACGAACGCCAAGGUGUAUUUUAUUCAUUUCUUUUCCGUGUGCUAUUUUUGUAAUCAGCCGUCGCCGUGCUUUAUUUACUUAUUUUCUUUUCAGUGUCUUUGCUUCGUAAUAUUCCAACUUUUCUCUACACACUGACUAACACAGAAAUAAUUCAUCGACGACAGCUUCUAACUAAAACACGAAUAAACGUUUUUAUGACGAAUAGCACAACUGGAAGACUAAGGACCAACUGUAUAAGAAAACUAAUUAGGACAAUCAGCAUUUCAAAGAUAUGUGCUUGUUGUCUUACACAGGAUAUCUGAAACAGUUGGACGUGUAGACAAAUAUUUCUAUUUGCAUUUCAUUACUUCUUUUGACAUUGACCACUUGAAAAGUGAUCUAAUGCCUGACAGAACUAAUAAAAUGCCAACUCGAGCUACUCUUAUAGCUUUGAAUACGUUUCGCAUCGAUACAAUUGAUUUUAUAACAAUUAUCUAUCUUUCAUCUCAUCGUUCAUUUUCAAUUUCACUUUCACUUCCUUACACAGACUUACUCAUAUUCAUAUAGAAUGGUUGACUGAUUUUGUAUCCUCUAAAUAAUUUUAAAUUUGCUAAAUACCUAAACGGCCAGGAAGGUGGUAAGUUAAAUUAUUUUAUUUUAUAAAUAAACUAUUUAAUUUGUAAAAUAAUUUUAUUUGGACUUAAUGACACGGAUGAAUAUCUGUCGAUGGUUAAUUUUUCAUGAGGUAAUUUUCCUCGUAAAAAUUUCGAUCAGCCCGCGAUGGGGCAUUCAUAAAUAACGAUGGCCUAUGAAGUGGGACUCCUUAACCCUCACUACGCAAUAAUAUUAUUAAUUUUUUUCAUUUUACAUUUAUCGUACACUGAUUCAGAUUUUACUGUAAACGAAUUACAAAUGAUUUUUUGAAAUGUUGUAAUUGGCAUUUGUCUACCUCGAAAUAUCUGUAACACUAUAAUUUAACCCUUUGCGGCAUGUAUGAAGGGCUCUAAUAAAUCGUUGCUCACGGGGAUUUUUAAUAUUUUAUCCUUCUAAUAUGUUAAUAAAUGUAUAACUAUAUCAAAUUAUCGAUUUUUAGUCGCCAUUUUUUCAAAAAAUGGCUGAAAAGUGCACCAAAAUGACGAUUUUUUAGAAAAAAAAUGUGUGUCGCAAAGGGUUAAAAACAAAAAGAAAUUUUUAUGUCAUCUACGCUCAUACAACAUAUCAGACGCUUAAACACAUUUAAUAUAAGUUUUUUUAUACUAUGCAUUGAAAGAAAUUUUACACUGUUUUGUAUUUAUUUAUCCCCUUCAUGUUUGUAUGCUGUAUGAAAAUGAGAUUAGAAUUAAAGAUAUGAAAUACCUAUACGUACAUACUCACACAUAUACUAGCAAAUACACAUACAUCACAUAACUAGAUUAGAGGCUAUGUACGGAUGCGAGUAACAGAUAGCAAUCAUUAGAUCUUCAUAUAUUCCGUGCGGAUUAAAACCAGCUGAAAGAACAUCGGAGCCAGUCUGAAUUAACCGACCAUUUAUUUGAUAUUUACGAGACCACGGUAUUUGCGAAACUUGCAAAAAAAGAAAAUAUAUUUUUAAUAUUUCGAAUGUCCUUAAAUGCUUUUUUUGUUCGAACUUUCCGUUUUAUCGAGAUCGAUGAAACUUGCUCAUACCUGUCUGACGAAAAAUUUGUAAAAAGAAAUCUUACCUCAUCACGUGCAUCAGUUUACUGCUGAAAAUAUUCUUUUUCGCAAGAGCAGUCGAGAAUACUUCUGCCUCUAGAAAACAUACGUAUCCAGGUCCUUGAGUGAAUUACAUCGUAGAUAAGUCGAUGAACAUAAUUAACGGUUUCACGACUCUAAUACCAGUCAAAAUUUUCUAUUAUUAUUUUGACUAUAGUUAUAACUAGUACCAUGGUCUACAAAGUUUGUUACAAUAGCUUUUGUUUUAUAACUCGCCAAAACAUGAACAGCAGAUAUUUUUGUGAAGUCUAUGUUGCAGCAUUUCCAGUUGAAUUGAGAAAGAAUAUAAAUUAAUUUACAUGCUUUCUCACUUUAUAUCAUGGUUUUUUGAAACUAAUCGAAGAUAACAAAAGCCAUACAAGCUCAACGACUUAGUAAUAUUCGAAAAUGGAAGGUAAUACAUAAAAAGAAACUUUCUUCUUCAUUAUGCAAGAAUUCAGCGCCAGAAUCCAGUCUUGCUGCCUCCCUUGCCGACAUGAAGGUUCUGAGUGAGUGCGAUAAAAGAAAACGAGAAAGUAUGCAAGAACAGUACAUGAUAUCCCAUUUUUAUUGAAAUUAUAUCAUGCGUGGUGUGAGGGUUUUGCGUGUGCAAUUAAGUAGGCUCACUUUACACUCGGAACUCUGUAUUAAUAUACUUCGUUCUAUUUGGUGAAAUAAACGUAUA